AUGUCCACCUCCGCAAGACGACGUUUGAUGCGAGACUUCAAGCGCAUGCAAACAGAUCCUCCAGCCGGUGUAUCGGCCUCGCCUAUCGCCGAUAACGUUAUGACUUGGAACGCUGUGAUUAUUGGCCCUGCCGACACACCUUUUGAAGAUGGCACGUUUCGACUGGUCAUGCAAUUCGAAGAAGCAUAUCCCAAUAAACCUCCCGGCGUCAAGUUUGUCUCUCAGAUGUUCCAUCCCAAUGUCUACGGCACCGGUGAACUCUGCCUUGAUAUCUUACAAAACCGCUGGUCUCCCACCUAUGACGUUGCUGCUAUCUUGACCAGCAUUCAGUCUCUUUUGAACGACCCUAAUACUUCUUCUCCUGCCAAUGUCGAAGCGAGCAACCUCUAUAAAGACAACCGAAAAGAAUAUACUAAGCGGGUGAGGGAGACUGUGGAGAAGAGCUGGGAGGAUUGA